GUCCGGGCUGGAAGGGGGGGGUGGAGCGGAGCUGACUCGAGCCGCCGCUGCCUCCGCCGCCGCUGCUGUCUCUGAGGCGCCUGCCGCGAGCGGGGCUGGGGGCCGGGCCGGGCUCGCAGCAGAUCCCUACUUGGCUCUGAGUUUAAAGCUUUUUUCUGUAUAACUGGGGUCAAGAGAAAUCUUUGAGCUGGAAUCCCUCAAAUAACCUUCAAAGAUGAAGGCAGCAGAUGAGCCUGCCUACCUGACAGUGGGAACUGAUGUCAGUGCCAAGUACCGUGGUGCCUUUUGUGAGGCAAAGAUUAAGACAGUGAAAAGGCUGGUGAAAGUCAAGGUGAUCCUGAAACAGGAUAACUCAGCUCAGUUAGUGCAAGAUGACCAAGUAAAAGGACCUUUAAGAGUUGGUGCAAUGGUUGAAACCAAGAUGCCUGAUGGAUCCUUUCAAGAAGCUGUUAUCAACAAAUUGACAGAUGCCAGCUGGUAUACUGUAGUUUUUGAUGAUGGAGAUGAGAGGACGUUGAGACGAACUUCAUUGUGCUUGAAAGGGGAGAGACACUUUGCAGAAAGUGAGACACUUGACCAACUGCCACUAACAAAUCCAGAGCACUUUGGAACUCCAGUAAUUGGGAAGAAAUCCAACAGAGGAAGAAGAUCUUCUCUUCCUGUCACUGAAGAUGAAAAAGAGGAAGAAAGUAGUGAAGAGGAAGAGGAAGAUAAGAGACGUCUUAAUGAUGAAUUGCUUGGCAAAGUUGUCAGUGUAAUUUUUUGUUCGGAGAAGACUGACUGGUAUCCGGCUUUGGUAAUAUCUCCCAGCUGUAACGAUGACAUCACAGUGAAAAAGGACCAGUGUUUAGUUCGAUCUUUUGCAGAUUCCAAAUUUUAUUCAAUAGCAAGAAAGGACAUCAAAGAACUAGAUGUAAACCUAUCAAAAUCUGAUCUGUCUGCUAAAAAAGGGUUACAGGAAGCAAGCACUUUCUUAAACACAAAAGCUGUUCCUGAUAACUGGAAAAUGGACAUGAGUGAAAUCCUGGAAUCCUCCAGCAGUGAUGAGGAAGAUGGCGCUGCUGCAGAAAGUGAUGAAGAGGAAGACAAAGUGGAAGAAAAGGAGGAAGAAGUAGUGCCUGAGGAAGAGCUUGAUCCUGAAGAGAGGGACAACUUCCUCCAACAGCUUUACAAGUUUAUGGAAGACAGAGGUACUCCUAUCAAUAAACCUCCUGUUCUGGGCUACAAGGAUCUUAACCUCUUCAAACUUUUUAGACUGGUGUAUCAACAGGGUGGGUGUGACAAUAUUGACAGCGGUGCUGUAUGGAAGCAAAUUUAUAUGGACCUUGGCAUUCCUAUUUUGAACUCCGCUGCUUCCUACAAUGUAAAAACUGCUUAUAGAAAGUAUCUUUAUGGUUUUGAAGAAUACUGCCGCUCUGCAAACAUUCAGUUCAGGACCAUCCAUCAUAAUGAACCAAAAGUGGUAGAAGACAUUCAGAAACAAGAAGAACCAAUGGAGGAAAGUGUAAAAGAGGAACAAGAAAUGCUUCCAGCAGAAGUAAAAAAUGAAGCAGAAGAAAAUGAUUCCAGCAGCGAAAGUGAAAAAGAAGAAAUAGAAUUAAGAUCCCCGAGAGGACGAAGGAGACUUGCUCGCGAUGCAAUAACUACUAAAAAAGAAACUGAAGAGGAUAAAAUGCAGGACAAAUUAAAAGAUAGCAACAAAGAAAAUAAAGAUGUAGAGGAAACACUUGAGAAUGCAGAGAAGAAAGAAAAUGAGACACCACUUGGGAGAAAGAACACACCAAAGCAAAAAGAGAAGAAAAUGAAAAAACAAGAGGAAUCUGAUAAAGAAUCUGAUGAAGAGGAAGAGAGAAGGCAAGAGGGGGAGGAAAUUGAAAACAAAGGAGAAUCAGAAGGGGAGGAAGAUGAGGAGGACUCGGAGCCCUGUCUAACAGGAACCAAAGUGAAAGUAAAAUAUGGACGUGGAAAAACUCAGAAAAUUUAUGAAGCCAGUAUUAAAAGCACAGAAAUUGAUGAUGGAGAGGUUUUAUAUUUAGUACAUUACUAUGGCUGGAAUGUAAGAUACGAUGAAUGGGUGAAAGCUGAUCGGAUUAUCUGGCCUUUGGACAAAGGAGGACCAAAGAGAAAACAAAAGAAAAAAGCAAAAAGUAAAGAAGACCAGGAAAAGGAUGAAAAGAAGGAUGAGGAGAAACAGAAAUCAAAACGUGGCCGCCCCCCUCUGAAAUCUACUCUUCUGUCAAACAUGUCUUGCAGUUUAUCCAAAACACCUAAUAGUGAAGGUAAAGCAGGAGCCAGAAGUACACGGAGCAAUAUGUCAGAUUGCUCGUCAUUACCAAAUGGAACAGAAGAUUCUGGUUCAUCUGACAGUGAAGCUGAUGAGACUUCUGAAAAGAGUAUGAAUGAAGAAUUUUCGGCAGAAAUUUCAGAUAUGGAAAAAAAUGAAAAACUAAUUGAUGAGAAACCUGAUGAAGAAAACCCAAAGAUCCCACAUGUAUUGAUGAAAGAAAAUGACAGGACUCAAGUGCAGCCUCUAGAAACUUUGAAACUGGAAGUUGAAGAAAGUGAACAAAUAGUUCAGAUUUUUGGAAACAAAGCUGAACAAGUGGAAGAAAUUAAAAAAGAGACUGAAAAAUCACCUAAGGGGAAGGGAAGAAGGAGCAAGACAAGAGAUCCCUCUUUAGAGAAUAUAAAGGUUUUGCCAGAAAGCCAGGAAGAGGAAACAAAUGAAACCCUCAUAGAAUCUGAAAGGUCAGAAAUUUGUUCCUUAGACAGUAAAGAGUUUUCCACCACUACUGAAAAUGAAACAGACCCUUGUACAAAAGAUAAGAAGCUUUUGAAAAGGAAAACGUUGGAACAGACAUCGCCUGAGAAAAAGGUACGACGAGAGUGUGAGAUGGAAGUGCCAAAUAUUGUGUCUGAGGAGAGGACCAAUGAAUGUAUUGGAAUGGAGGAAUGUAAAGACUUCCAUGAUGAAGAGUCACUCAGAACUGAAAAUGAGGAAAUGCCGUCUUUAGUAGCAGAGUCAGAUCAACAUGUUCAAGAGCUGACGAAUGAAAACUUUGAAUGUACGUCUGAGGAAAAUGAGCAUAUUCCAUUAAAAGAUGAGGAUGACACUAUGCCUCAGAUUGGACCUGAAACUCUACUUUGCCAUGAAGUGGACUUGGAUGACUUUGAUGAAAAGGAAAAGAGCAGUAGUGAGGAUGCAGUAACAGAAAAGCCAGACCCCAACACUUUGACCUCAAAUCCAUCUGCCUUAAUCCCUGCAGUCCAGCCUAACUUCUCUGUGGCCUCACCCCUUGCUCUUAGUCAGGAUGAAUCUCGCAGUAUAAAAAGUGAAAGCGAUGUAACGAUUGAAGUGGACAGUGUGGCAGAAGAAUCUCAAGAGGGUCUCUGUGAAAGCGAGUCUGCUAAUGGAUUUGAAGCCAGUACCACUUCAAGCAAUUGUAGUAUAGCAGUACAAGACAGAGAAACUGGAGAGAAGGGUCAAAAAAGGCCAAGCGAUGGCAAUAGUGGGACACUGGCAAAGAAACAAAAGCGUACUCCAAAGCGAUCAAGUGCUGUAGCCAAAAAUGAAAAGAAUGGAACAGGACAAAGCAGUGAUAGUGAAGAUCUUCCUGUCAUGGACAGUUCAAGUAAAUGUACGCCAGUAAAACACAUAAAUGUGUCCAAACCACAGAAGCUUGCGCGAUCCCCUGCAAGAGUAAUUUCCCCUCACAUCAAAGAUGGAGAAAAGGAUAAACAGAGAGAGAAACAUCACCACAGUGCUUCCCCAAGAGUGUAUAAAUGGAGUUUCCAACUCAAUGAACUAGACAACAUGAACAGCACUGAGAGAAUCUCCUUUCUACAAGAAAAACUACAGGAAAUUCGAAAAUAUUACAUGUCCCUGAAGUCAGAAGUAGCAACAAUAGACAGAAGAAGAAAACGAUUGAAAAAGAAAGACAGAGAAGUGUCUCAUACAGGAGCAUCCAUGUCAUCUGCUUCAUCAGACACUGGGAUGAGUCCGUCAUCAUCUUCUCCUCCCCAGAAUGUGCUUGCUGUAGAAUGCAGGUGAUACAUAUUUCUCUGCCUUGUCAGCAGUUUGCUGCCAUGGACAUAAAUCCUGAAAUAUAACCACAAAAAGCACUCAACUGGUUUGACAUUGCCAAGUACAUUCUGUACACUCUUCCACUGCUGGACUGUAUCUUUUUUCUCCCUCCUGUUUUUUUUAUUUUAUUUUAUUUUUAUUUUUACUGUUGAGAAAUUAAGCUCAUUGGUAACUGAAGGUUUGUAGGCACCGUCUGACAUGUUUGUCAUCGUGUUUAUUGUUUUUUUGUUAAUACAGAGAAAGGGCACUUAUCAGAUUUGAAAAGUUAUGUCCAAUGAAGCAUUCAGGUGUUCUAGGAAAUCAUAGAAAAGCAAGUGCAUCAAACAGACAUCAGAAUAUUAUCAAACAGAAUCAAGUUACUGCUGCACUUUCACCCAGCUUGUAUGCUAACCCUUGGUGAGUAGUUCCUCUUUGUGGAAGCACUUGCUAUACAGAACUGCCAAAGUAUGUGUUCAGCAAUGUGCCCAGUUUUAAAGAUGUAAAUGGGACAAAAUAAAUUGUGAAAGGAAGUGUAGUUGACUGAAAACUACAGUUGUAAUAAGUCUUCCACUUUUUAUAGGAUUUUUGAGCACACAAUUAUGCAAAUAUUUUAAUGUUUAUUAAUGUUUACAGUGGAAUUGUGAAUAGGUUUUCAGUGGACUAUCUUAUCCCUUGACAAAAAUAUUUUGUCUUUUUUCUAUGUAAUUUCAGAGUUUUUAUUUUGUUACAAAAAGACGAAAAAUGAAAUAUAUAACAACAAUGAAGUUAUUUAACAAGAUUUCUAAAGCUGAAUUUUUUUGUGUAAAAUAAGGUAUCUUGCAACUUGUUAAAUAUAUUUAUUCAGACAUUGGAUGUUGUAUUUUUAUGUAUUUUUUAAAAUAUUAAUAAAAUUGGAAAAAAAUUCUAGGUUAGUUCACUCUUUUGAAAAAACAUACCUAUCAGUUUUAGCUCUUACAGGAGGUUUUAUCCAGUAGCCAUGCCUGUAUGUGCAGUGGGUCUGUUUAUUCUUCCACAAUGUAGAACUGUAAUCGGGCAUCUGGAUUAAACUAUAACCUUGUUUGGAAACUUUGGCAGUCCUAGUACUUAUAUUGUUUUGAGGAACAAAUUUUAUUGGGUUGCCCUUAAGAUGCUUUGUCACAGUUUUUAUGUUUGCUAUACUGCCGAAUGAAUUUAUAUCUCCCAAAGUUGAGAUGCAACAAUAAAGUAAAGCAACUGUGUAUACUUUGUCUGUGGAUUGUCCCACGGGCUGAUGCAGUUUGUAAAUAACUCUUCCAAAACCAUGUAUUUAAAACAGUUCGCAUAUACAUUAUGUAUAAAAGUGAUUUUUUUAUCAAUUUUUUUAUUCAUGUUUGUACAUUGAAAGGGGUUUUAACCCCUCUUUCUGUGCUUAAAAUGCUGUAGAGUAAUAACAUAGAUGCUCUAGACUGUAAAUCAGGAUAUUAUGGUUCACACAGCAGAAAGUCAGAGCGAAACACUAGUGAUGGGGGGUAGCAUUACUAAAAUUGAUGUUUCUUGAAACUUCAUUUUACCACAUUUGUCAACUUGUGAUUCCAAUUCCUUCCAUUUUCGCAGAGAAUUAAAGAAAAAGUACUCUUGUAAAA